UUCCCCCUGUUGUGUUGUCUCCGAACCGAGUGAUGACUGAUGAUGUUCCAAUCAUUGAUCGCAUUCUCACUUUUCAUUCAUCAAAAACGUAAAAAUUGAAGUCCGUUGUCGCGGGUGUCGUUUUCGGGGAAUUUCUUUGCUUUUAUGCUGAACUAAGAACAAGCGCAGUUUAAAUCUAGCAGGGCCCUUCUAGCGCUCUAAUCGCCCUUUAAGUUAUCGUCGCGAUUGGAUUAGAAAGCGAAAAGUAGCACCCAGAAGAAAAGUGUUUCUCUUAGCGGAAGAAAGUUUCUCAGUCAAAGGAUAGCAGAAAGAACAUGACAUCACAUUCCGUUUCGAAAUUGCAGCUGAACGAAGAUCGAUGAUACUGACGAUGCAUCAAAGGCUUAUUGGUUGAUAGAUACGCGCGUGGGGCGGUAGGGUGGAAGAAUAGCCAAGAAAUAGCUAAUCCUCGAGGAUUGUGGGGAUUCUGUUUACGUUUUUGAUGCGCCAAGCGGACGGUCUUUCUAAGCUAUUGAUUUGGCGAAAAGAGUGAAAAGUGUUAUUGUGACGUGGAAGUGGAAGAUUAAAAGUUUUAAGUAUCAAUAUGCCGGAAAGGAACAACGUAGAUUGGUCUCGAUACGGAUUAGGCAACGAUGAUUCAUCCCCCACCGAUAGGGCCCGUACCCGGGGGAACGUCGGGGGAUUUGUAGAUUUGGGUAACGAAUAUGACUACGGUGCAGGUGGCCACCAUGCGUCCGGACGGGAUGAGAUCUUCGCGGAGGAUCAAGGCGAUAAGCCCUGGUGGAGGAGCAACUUUUUCAUAUCACAACCGGUGCUAUUUGGGACCUGGGACGGAGUGUUCACGUCCUGUCUGAUCAACAUCUUCGGAGUUAUUGUAUUCUUGCGUUCUGGAUGGAUUGUGGCGGAAGCGGGUAUCAUGCAUGCUGUGCUGAUAAUUUUCUGCGCUGUUGCAAUUGCUCUGGUAUCGGUCCUGUCGGCCGUAGGAAUCUGCGAACGUUGUCGAGUGGAAAGUGGAGGAGUUUAUUUCUUGAUAGCCCACACGUUGGGUUCCAGAUUUGGAGGAUCGCUCGGGAUGUUGUACUGCUUUGGACAGGCAGUAGGAUGCGCUCUGAACGUGUUAGGUUUCGGAGAAUCUAUGGCUGGAUUGGUUGGUUUGGAAGGCAACAAAUGGGCCAUCCGAUUGUUCGCAAUAGCUGCGGUAUUGCUUCUGGGAGUCAUCAAUGUGGCCGGAGUUAAGUGGGUCGUAAAGUUACAGUUUGCUUUGCUGAUUAUUCUACUGGUGUCAGCAUUGAACUUCAUGGUGGGUAGUUUCACCGGUGAAGAUCCUGAGCAUGGAUUCGAUGGAUGGGGUCAAGGCAAUAUGGCAUUGAAUCUUUGGCCCAAAUAUAGCGAAGGCACGACGUGGUUUACAGUUUUCGGAGUGUUCUUCCCAACGAUCACCGGUAUUCUCUCCGGAAUUAACAUGAGUGGUGAUCUUCGAGCCCCCUCGACUGACAUUCCAAACGGUACAUUAGCUGCAUUGAGUACUUCGACAUUCCUGUAUAUGGUGUUCAUUUUGUUCCUGGGAGCAACUUGCCAGAGAUACACCUUGCUGACUGACUUCAUGAUUGCUGUGAAAGUAUCGGCAGUGCCAUUCCUUCUACUUGCUGGCAUCUACGUAUCAAGCAUGUCAUCCUGUCUGGGGGCGAUGUAUGGCACUCCACGUGUAUUGCAAAGUAUUGCAAAUGAAAAUGUCAUUCCCGGAAUCGGUAAACUCGGUAUGGGUCGUGGUCCAAACAAGGUGCCACUUUAUGCCAUGGCUGUAGUGGCCACAGUAACCACUACCUUCAUCAUAGUUGGAGACAUCAACACGUUGGCUCCAAUUGUAACUAUGCCAUUCCUCCUCACCUAUGCGUGCAUCGAUUAUUCAUACUUUGCCUUGGCACAAACGUUCGACAUCCAAAACAUCCGCGAAGAGCGCUUCCGGAUACAAGCACAGAGCCCGUUGUACGAAACUAGAAACUAUGGAACGACAGGCGACUACCAAGAAAAUAAUGAUCUCGAUCAGCUGUUCCCAGAGCGAACGCGACACAAAAAUCUUUCCAGUCCAACCAAUUCACCGCACCACGUGCCUUCCAGUGCAACGUCCAACAGGAACGCCCGUUCGGUGGCAAACGGGGGAACCAGCGGCAGUGGCUACCCGAACGGAGGACUGUCCAACAGUACAUCGAUGAACAGUGAAGUGAUAUUCCGUGAUGGAACCGGCAAUGGCAGCACAGCUGGAACUAAUUCCUUGUCCGAGGCGGAUGAUGAGCCGAUCGCUCCGAUAAGGCCACCGAUUCACUCGAAAACGAAAAAUUGGUAUUCCGGGUUCUGCAAUCGAUGGGCUUCGUUGAUGGGCGCCGGUAUUAAGGUAUUUGUGAUGUUCCUAGUAAACUGGGUCUUCGCCCUGAUUUGCAUGGGAACUGUAUUCGUACUAUGGUUCUACGUCGGUACAGCAAAUCCUGCCGUCAAGCCUGGAUUAGCACAUGAGUUCCGUUUCUUCGUGUGGCUCAAAAAUGCCGUUUUCAGAUGCUUUGGAAAACGAGUUCACGAUUACGAGCAGGUAGUAGUGACACCUUCCUGUCCAAAUGUUCCGUUGUCUGCCGCACAAUUGAAUGAAGAGAACGAAGACUUUGCUUCGCGACGAAGAUAUCAUCAGUCAGCCGUCGUGCAGGGACAUUAUGUGGACGAAGUGUGAGCCCAGCCAGGACCAAUUAAGGCAACAAGCUAAAACUUAUUUAACCUCUGAGGAUUGGAAACAACCACACACAAACAAAACAACACUGAACAAUACUUCUAAUUGUGGUAGUUAGAAUCGCUGAUUAGGAUAAUAUUUGUAAAUUUAUAUACAAACCAACAUUUCACCGGAAGACCACCAAAGCGAACUGAUAUAGUCUGAGGAACGCGGUCAAAUAGUAUUUUGUAUAAUCAAAACAAAAAGAAGAGAAAAAGUGUUUAUAAUUGGUUUAGAUACGCGCAAUACUUGAGCAAUAAGUGUGAAAAUGAACAUAUUUCGUCUAUUGAUAAAAUUCCUUAAAUUGUAAAUAACUAUGUCUCCGCUAGCACUGCUGCUGAUUAAUUUUAGUUUAUACUAGCCUAUUUAUCAAGAUGACUAUUAUUUAUAACCUGUCCACUACCAGUGUAAAUGAAAGUAACUUACGUUGAGAUUCGCAGCUGACUUAGGUAAAAAAUAAAUUUUAACCGAGCCUAAACUGAUUAGCAGCAUAUAUCCGUUCUGACAACACUCUAUCGUGUCAUGUAACACUUAGAUUAAGCGAUACAUAUAACACGCCUCAAUUUAUCAUGCAUUUUACAUGUGCAAAAUGACCGUUAUGUUGUUGGAACUUCGCGAUCGUUUUGGCUUCUUAAAUAUUUUUUUUGCGUUUUUAAUAUCUCGGUUCAGAACAUUUUUUGUUAAUUGCGGCGAAAGUCAUUCCCAUUUUUUGCAAACAACUAGCAAUAAAUAAUAAUUCUUGUAAA